UCCACAGACCACAGCCGCAGGGCUCCCACUGCAGCUCCGAGGGGAAACCUCACACAGAAACCUACACUGGAGGAAAAACUGCUACCUCACAGACAGAAGACAAGACAAAAGGAGAAGAAAAACCUAUCAGAGUGGACGGAGAGAAGAGUCAGACCUUUUUAUUGGAAGAAAAUAACUUUCAGGGCACACCACUUUCCCCACGUUCUACUUUCGGAAUCCGUUUAAUAAUUCAACUUCUGCCUCAUUUUGUUGCGUGGAACACAUUUUUGCUUUCCCAAUAGUUUGACAUACAGGUCUGGAUUUUAAUUUCCCAUCAGUACUUCUUUAUCUUAUGCUGAUGGGAAGAGUUUUUUACUGACCUGAGUGAUAUAGUUGAGUUAACAGGUACUCUGGUGUAACUGCGUGGAAGAGAAUACACAUUUUUAAGCUAUACUACAAGCUUCAUUUUGCAUUUGAAUUAUUUCUUUCUUUCAUACUUUUUUCUCUACAAGGAUCCCCUCAAAGGACCUGAGGAUGUCGCAUCACAGAAACUACUGAAGCAGAUUCUUCUUGCAUUUAGGAUCGCUCCCCAAGCUACAGCAAUAUCUACUGAAAGGACACUGUGGGGACACUUUCAAGCUCAAACCUUCUUUUUUUUUAGAUAUAUCGGAGGAAAAGGUGGUUCUCUGGUGAAGCCUCUUUGCCCCGUCCGCCCCCUUCUCCACCUCAGCCUCGGGAUGGCUGGGUGCACCAACCGCUGCAGGCAGGGGGUGCUCAAACUGAUCCAGUCCCUGCAGAGACUCGUCUCAGGAGGCCUCACCAAAGAUAGAACAGAUGAUGAGCUGGAGAUGACGACGGUGUGUUACCGGCCGGAGGGUCUUUCCCAGUUGGAGGCGCAGACCAACUUCAGCAAGCAGGAGCUGCAGAUCCUCUAUCGUGGCUUCAAGAAUGAGUGUCCAAGUGGGGUUGUCAAUGAGGAAACAUUCAAACACAUUUACGCACAGUUCUUCCCUCAUGGAGAUGCAAGCAUGUACGCACAUUAUCUCUUCAAUGCUUUCGACACCACAAACAAUGGCUCCAUUAAAUUCAAGGACUUUGUAAUGGGUUUGUCUAUACUGCUGCGGGGAACGCUGAGAGAAAAGCUUGAGUGGACGUUUCAUCUUUAUGACAUUAACAAAGACGGAUACAUAAACAGAGAGGAAAUGACGGAGAUUGUGAGGGCAAUUUAUGACAUGAUGGGGAAGUUCACCUACCCUGCAAUAAAGGGAGACGUCCCGCAGCAGCAUGUGGACGCUUUUUUCCGGAAAAUGGAUAAAAACAAAGAUGGAGUGGUGACUCUAGAGGAGUUUAUUAUAGCCUGCCAGGAGGAUGAAACCAUGAUGAGCUCCAUGCAGUUGUUUGAGAACGUGAUGUAGAACAAGGGGAGAUGAUGAAGACAAAAAUGAAAUGCAAGGGAUUGGUGUGAGUGCGUGUGUGUGGAUGCAUUAUGUGCAAUACAUCCAGUUUCUCCUCCUCCUCCUCCUCCUCCUCCUCCUCCUCCUCCUCCUCUGGAUACAGUCAAACCUCCCCCCACAACAACUUGAAAGAAAGGACUGGACUGGAAUGCUUUUCGCCUUCCUGCUGAGUGUCCCCACACAAUACAAAGAGACUGAUGCGACAGACAUUGCUCUCAGUGCUUGUCUUGAAGAUUGUCCUGUUACCUGAUAAAGAUGCUCCUGCAUUACAAUGCUGCUCCCGAGCAGCAAAGAGCUUUUGUUUAACCAGCACAACUUUGUUUGCCAAAAAAGAGGAUAUUUUUUUGCCAAAAAUAUUAUUGCAUGCUUUUGCAAGAGGUUUCGAUUUUUCACCCAACAAUUGUCAGAUUUAUUACGGGAAUUUGGCCAUAAAGACUUCCACAUGUAUGGAAUGCAUCGCUGUGACUCCUGUGUGUCGACCUGGCUGCUGCUCGCCUGCUGAGUCUGUGAUGCUCGCUGUUAAGUCUCUCUAAAGUCAAUUUGGAAACAUUACAUUUCAUGGGUCUGAUAUGUUGCGUGCCUGUCUUCCUGUCCAUGAUGGACCUUAGGUAUUAGCGAAAAAAAAAGAAAAAUCGAAUCAUUCUUUUAUAUGUUCACCUGCUGCUUUGCUUACUGUGGUCAAAUCAGUGUUGUCAAAAAUGUUUUGAAAAAAGGUAUUGUGAAUUAUGUGCAUACAUUGGGUAUUUUCAUCAGAAAGAAGCUUUAUGAUCAUCAAACCAAUCGGUUUUAUUUGCACAGGUGACAGGUUCAACAUGAUGCAGUCAAUUAUGGUAAAGAAAAGUAUGAUUUCACUGUUAGCUAUGUUAUUAUACAUGAAAUGAUAUACCUAUUAGCGAAAAAAACUCCUUUUAUGUGUACACAUACUCGGCCAAUAAAGCUGAGAUUUAAGUAUAUAGUCCAUUCUAAUAAAAUCCUGGUAUGAAAAAAAUCUGAUAAUCUUGCAGGGAAAUAAUAUUGAAUGUCAGCUUUUUGGAAUGUGAUGACACCUAGACGGCUCUAUCUGUAUUAGUGAACAUGUGACACUGCCUCCUCCACCCGAACCCCCCUGUGAUGUCACGCUGACGGAUACAGACAGACUUCAGGUGUCAGUGAGCUGUUCUCUGUACGGUGCAUCAGUGUGACAUCACAGCCUAUGGUGUCUGAUAUCUCGGUGUGGAACGGUUAUUCAAUCUCACAAACAGAAACAUAUAUUUAAGCCAUACAAAUAAACAGGUCAAUUCUUAAAUUGA